CCUCGACCGUGCUCCGAAACGGUCCUGCCGCCAGUCAGCCGUGCUCCGCCAGCGUGGGGAGUUUGUUUUCGCCCGCAGAAUCGUUUCGGAAAUCACGUUGCGGACGUAUGCCCGUACAUUCGAACGAUUCAUUUUUCCAUACGUAUAUACAUAUAUAUAUAUAUAUAUACACGUAUUUAUAUUUUUCACGCACAAAACUGUGGCGGUAAAUCGUGUGUUGCCGACGUUAUUUUUUUCUACGCAAAAAUAAUCGACGAUAAUUAUCGGACUAUAAAAUGAACGAAGUAUAAAAAGAAAUUGAAGUAAAGCAAACGAUGUACAUAUAAUGAAACUGAUAAAUUAUUGCAAUUAAAUAAACGUCUGUUCAGUUAUCGAAGCACAAACUGUACAUACGUAUAUCGUGAAAGAAAACUGGACAAAACUCUAGAGGAAGAUAGACGACGAUUCGGAGAAUACACCGCACAUAGGUAUACAAAGGGGGAUUUAAAAAUUUAAAUGUCCGAUCGUCGACUUUAAAUCGACAGUCAGUGUUUUAAAUUCCAUCUACUAUACGCUUCGCGUAUCGAAUGUAGUGUUUCUAUAUUAUACCAUUGUAUUUUAUCGUACAGGUGUACCGCACGACCAUAGGUGCCAUGUACCGUGACGCGUGUGUUAUUUGAUAACUCUAAUACCAACGUUUCGUUUUAUUUCCUUGAUUUAAUAUAUUUAUUUUUUAUUUCCUCCCUGUUGUUCGUUUUUUUUUUCUUUUCUAUCCUUUCCAGAUCCCUCCUCCAAACGUCAUUUCUGUCUCACCCAACGAACUCGUCGGUUUCAACGAUUUAAUGACAUAAUGACGUUAUAAAGUGUGAUUACUCUUCCCAACAGAAUAAAUAAUUACCGAGGAGUAGAAAGAAAAAAAUAAAAAAAAAUAAAAAAAAAAAGAAGCCACGUUCCUCACGUGAGGAUAAAUCACCACGCUAUAUUCCGUUCUUCGAAGUGAUUACAACCGGCUGUCACAACUAGGAGAAUAAUCAGAAUCGACGUUCGUUGCGACGCGAUAGUUUGCCUGAAAACCAGUCAUCGGCUAUCCGUCCAUUCGGUUCACGAACGUUAAUAAAGAAAGAGAUAGAGAGAAAGAGAGGAAAGAAAGAAGGAGAGGGGAGAGAACUUGACCUCUACCACAAAUGGCCACUAUUUCAAUACAACCGAACAGUUCCAUCGGCUAUUUCGAAGGAUCCCCGCACCGCUUGACCAUUGCCAUGACGUCCACUGGUCAGUGAACAUAACGAAGUGUGCUCGUAGAAACAAACGUCAUCGGAUUUUGAAGCCGUAACGAAACUGGAAUAACAUUUACUGGUGUAGUUAGGAUUUCGCAUUGUUUUCGCGUUUUUUUCAUUUUGUUUUUAUUUCCUCCAGAUUUUAGUUGAAUUAUUUUAUCGCAAUUAGAGUUGAAUUAUUUUUUCAACGUUCGAUCGGGUAUCGAUGUUCCUCGAUUGAAAAAAAAAAAAAAAACCGACUCCCGACUAAUAAAGGAAAUGGGAAUAAAAAUGGUAACCACGUAAAAAGUUUUUAACGAGCGAAGGUGUCGACGAUAAAAUAUCGAGUGAUUAUGAUAUUGUAAAUACGCGUGUUAAAUUUUAUCAUCGACCAAUUCUUAAGCGGGUUUUCGCUGUUGUUGUACGUGAGGUAAAACUGAACGAGUCAGGGAGACACUACUCCGUUCGUAAGAAAGUAUCGCAACGUGAUAUUACGAAAUUUUGUGGUGAAAUUCACGAGUUUCGACUGCAGGGGAAAAAUAAUAUAAUAAUACGGUAAUACAAACGGGGAAGUACUCCGAAGUAAUACUUACGUCUCCGGUAGGUAGGUUAUUCGCACGUACCUAUACCGUUUUACCAAUUGCCGCACAAAGAAAUACACAUCAGCGUUUCUCCCGCUGCUGUUUCACAUACGUUUAUAUUCUUCUCUCUUUUCCUCUCGAUUUUCGUCCGCAUUCCCCCGUGCGCUUACUCAUUCCUUUUUUCAACGCUCCACCUACGUCCGCGUCGCAGGAUUCCCCGUUUCCGUUUUUUUCCUUUUGUUUUUACUCGUUCUUAUUCUCAUUCUUGUUAAUCUCCGUCCUCCUCUAAUCCCUCCGCUGGUAAAGGAGACGUACGGCAAAAGGGGCGGCGAACCCACGUGUUGUGUCGAACGGAGAGAAACGCUCUCGCGUUCUCCUGGACCGAAUAAAACUACUCGUCGGCUCUAUUCGCGCGGUGGUGAUUUUUUUACAAUUUUGUUUUUUUUAGUGCUGUACGAAUGUUGGAUGUUUACGAAUUAUCGAGAAUCCGAAUCGGUCGCUAAAAAUCCGGACACGACAGUGACGGAAAGGAAAGGGGCGUGGAAAGAAUCCGAGGAGAUUGAAUAAGAGGAACUCACGACCUUUCGAUUCGUUCGUGUCGUCAUUAUGAGUGCUGUUACAAAAUGUGCGAAGUGGAUCCCGUCCGCGGUGGUUUUAGUGAUGAUAAUUUGCAAUCCCGCUGUUUACGGUUACACGAAUCAAUGGGCUGUUCACAUCGAUGGAGGUCCGGAAGUCGCUAAAGACGUAGCGAAGGACUAUGGAUUCCGGUAUCUGGACAAGAUAGUAGAUGGAUGUUACCACUUCGAACAUCGGGGAGUAUCGAAGCGGUCAACGGAUCCACAUCACGACGUUCAAAAUCGCUUGGUUAGCGACAUCAGAGUCCGGCGAGCGGAACAACAGCGAGCAAAGUCGCGGACGAAAAGAGAUUUGGUAGUGAAACGUACCUCGGCCGUAGUGCAGGCGAUUCUCAACGACGAGAGGUGGUCCCACAUGUGGUACCUCAAUCGGGGACACGGACUGGACAUGAACGUUCAAGGUGCUUGGGCAGAGGGCAUUACGGGAGCCGGUAUCGUCGUCACGAUUCUUGACGACGGUCUGGAAAAGGACCAUCCAGAUCUACUGAAAAAUUACGAUCCACAAGCCAGCUACGACGUAAACAGUCACGACGAAGACCCGAUGCCUCGGUACGAUUUGGUUGACAGUAAUCGUCACGGUACUCGAUGCGCCGGCGAGGUCGCCGCUACGGCGAAUAAUUCUAUUUGCGCAGUCGGCGUGGCUUACGGUGCCGGGGUUGGAGGAGUUCGAAUGCUCGAUGGAGACGUAACGGACGCUGUGGAGGCGAGAUCGUUGAGUCUGAAUCCUCAACACAUCGACAUUUAUAGCGCCUCUUGGGGUCCGGAUGACGAUGGAAAGACCGUUGACGGUCCCGGCGAACUCGCGACGAGAGCCUUUAUCGAGGGUAUCACUAAGGGCCGCGAAGGGAAAGGUUCGAUUUUCGUCUGGGCGUCUGGAAACGGGGGACGAGAUCACGACAACUGUAACUGCGACGGUUACACGAACAGUAUAUGGACAUUGUCGAUAAGUAGUGCGACGGAAAAUGGUUUGGUACCCUGGUACAGCGAAGCGUGUUCAUCGACCUUGGCGACGACCUACAGUUCAGGCUCGACCGGAGAGAAACAGGUGGUCACGACGGACCUUCAUCAUCAUUGUACGAGUAGCCACACCGGAACAUCCGCUUCGGCACCUCUGGCAGCCGGUAUUUGCGCACUGGCUUUGGAAGCGAAUUCCGGUUUGACUUGGCGAGAUAUGCAACACAUCGUGGUCAGAACAGCCAAACCAGCCAAUCUGAGAGCGCCCGAUUGGGUGACGAACGGUGUCGAAAGAAACGUGAGCCACAGUUUCGGAUACGGACUCAUGGACGCCACGGCGAUGGUGAAAUUAGCCAAAAAAUGGAGAACUGUACCUGAACAGCACAAAUGUGAGGUAUCCGCACCAGAUGUAGGCCGAACCAUACCACCAAAGAGCCAAAUUUCGCUUCCACUACACGUCAAGGAGUGCAGCGGUGUCAACUUCCUGGAGCACGUUCAGGCCAAAGUAUCGCUGACAGCAGCGAGACGAGGAGAUCUUCAAAUCCAACUGACUUCGCCCCAAGGUACGAAGAGCACGCUAUUGGCGAAAAGGCCGCACGAUGUCUCCAAGGCCGGGUUCAAUCAGUGGCCCUUCAUGUCCGUCCAUACCUGGGGAGAACGUCCUCACGGUGUGUGGAAAUUGGAAAUCCAUAACGAGGGUCGUCUCCUUGGUCGAGCAACGCUCCACGAGUGGGCCCUGAUAUUCUACGGGACCGCGACAUUGCCCGAUAGGACGGAAUACGCUCUCUACAAUCCGGCAGCGAGUAACAUUCCUCGAAGAACGUACGGAGCCCCGCGAACAACCGGAUACUCGAGGAACACCAAUAUCCUCGCGCCGACAACAUUCAAAGGCAAACAACCGAAAGCAACCGCUGAAAAAUCGCCGCACGUCAGCCCCCCGUACGUGGUUAACGCGGCCCAACAACCGACGCGUAAAAAUAAAUCCAGAGGUCAGCACAAAAAUGGAAAAUCCACGAACCGUGCGACUCCGAGGCCGACCAUUCAGACUCUCAGGGGUCUCACGGCACGCGGUCCGAGCGCCGGAGAACCUCGUCUUUACACGCCCAAGCCCAGAGGAAGAACGACGCCGGCUUCGAACAACGUUGCAGUUACCCCUCCGACUACGACUACGACCACCUCGAAACCACCCCAGACCUUUCGACAGAAGGUCAGCUCUCCGCCGACCGUUUUGUCCCAACAACGAGGCCUCAUACUCAUGGAACCCCUAGCCAAAACUGCUGCCAACAAAGUACCCGCCAUCUUCCAACAGUAUCCAAAAAUCCAACAGCUCUAUCCUCUGUAUCCGGUAUACGCCGGAGCUAGAGGUGCCGGUCAGCAUACUCCGAGGGCAAAAGGACUCGACUUGCUACAGGACGAACAAUUCGACUCGGGGAAUCUCCAUCUGGACAAGGCGACACUUCAAGAGUGGAAAUUGGUACUCUACGGAACGGAGACAUCUCCGGACGGCGAUGAACUCGUGAAUCAAAAGGGCGGCGUCGAUCUAGAUAACGUUCAGAAUAACAUAGUCGAUACGGAGGGUGAUCCUUGGUCGGGGAGCCAACGAGUCGAUCAGGCGUCGCAUCCGGAAGUUCAGAGAACAACGACCGAAGAUCAAACCAGCGGGGCCUGCACUCAGAUGGAUGGAAGCCGUUGCCUAGAAUGUCGCCAGGAAUGGUUUCUCUUUGACGGAGGUUGCGUGGGUCAGUGUCCCAGAAAAACUUACGCAAUAUCGGACAAUAAUAAGAUGAAGAAAAUUUGCGCCCCCUGCCACUACACCUGCGCCGGAUGUUUCGGUCCAGCAGACUACGAAUGCACAUCUUGUCUAGAAGAUUCCACGCCAUACCGUUCGGGAAGUUUAACAAAUUGCGUGCUCACGUCUUUAACGCCAAAUCUACGAUCCACGAGAUGGUUUUAUCGUAUGUUUGUUUUACUCGCCUUGAACUUGGUAAUUGUUAUUGCCCUUGGAAUUUACUUCGGUGUAAUUUGGUACGUUCAAAAGCGAGAGUCAGCCGAUUUUGCCUACAGCAAGGUCACCUAUUCAGUCAAAGAUUCUGCAAAAAAUCGAGAUCUAAAGGCGUUGCCGCAAGACUCAUGUCUCUCGGACAGUGACUAGCUUAAAAAUUAUUCAUUCUAGUGAUCAUUGACCGUUAGUUAUACUUGAAUGACUUGCUGCUACGACGUAUCGAUGACUAAGCCGAAUGAUUAGCGAAAAAUGUUCACUUUUAUUCGACAAUUCGUAAACAUGAAAAUCUAUUUCUGCCUGCAUUAUUGGUGGAGCACCCUAUAAGUUUUUGCGUUGUGAUAUAUAGUAGAUAGAUGAAAAUUCUGUAGCUUAUUAAAACAUUAUAUUAUUACAUACAGUUUUUUUUUUUUUUUUUUCAAGUUUUAUCAAGUAGCAUGACGUGAUAGGUCUAUGUAUAGAGAACAUGUCUUUUGUAAGACCAACAAAGAUCACAAUAAAUAUUGUAACAAACAUUGACAGGAUAGAUUGAGAAACUGUUAUUGAAACAGGAUGUUCCUGAAUAUUAUUAACAAUCAAUGUAUUUUAUUUUUAAAUAACGUGAUUAGAGCAUAAUUUAUAUAGUGUAAUAAGUCUAAGGUUGUGAAAAUAGGUGAUUAUAAAUAUAUAACAACUACCUCUAACGAAACGAUUGAAACAAAAUCAAAGGUCACAAUACGCAUGUACUUGUCAUAAUGAUGAGAAUGAUGGUGAAAAUCGGAAGAAACUUCAUUUUACCCAUGUCAAAGGUCUUGAAAGUCGUUGAUUGGCCAAACGAUUUGCGAAUAAAAUGAGUUCAAUUUUUUACAUACGCAAUCUUCCUAUCGAAUAGCUUGUGUCGAAGGCCCUGAAACUAGAUUGGUGGAAUAAUUUGCGAGUAGCAUUAAUUCCAAAUCAACAUAGGCGUUCGUUUGAUCGCGUGGCUACGACAAUUUAUCGAAACGAUGCUCGAAAAAUUUUGUGGAUAAGAAAAAAUUAGUAAUUUUUACAAUGCUGCGAUUGCUUGAUCAUUGGAAAAGCCUUGACAGGGUGGGCGUACUAUAAUAUUGUAUAUGAAAUUAAUUAUACAUGCAUAUUAGUAGAAUAGAUGAAUUUAUUGAAAAUAUAAAUGGGUACUUAUAAAUCUUAUAAUAUUGUAAUGAUAUUUUAGACGAUCGACGCCUUGCUAUUAAUAUUUUACAAUACUUGAAUUAUACACACAUCGUAUAUUGUAUAUUUUUGAAACUUCACAGAUCGCACAAACGCUUAAAUAUCUUCCUAAUCAUACUAUCGUAAGUUUACCCCUAUGCAUCUAUACGUUAAUGUAUCUAGAAUAAAUAUCUUAUAUCGGGUGAAGAAAACUUUUUUUGACCCUUCUGACGCAAAAAAAGAUGAAUGGACCUAUACGAACUAUUAUACAAUUAUAAAAAUAUUUUGUCGCUAAAUACAAUCACCUACUAAAACCAAAAACUAUCGAGUUUCCAUCGGGUCACGCAUAUAAUAUUUUGCCGGAAAAUAGACGAUGUUUCUAAUAAAAUAUCUCCUAUUCAGAUAUUGAGGAGAAACGAAAUAUGAAUAUGCUCUUUUUGUGCGUAAAAGUGACGAAGGUUGACGUGGCCAAAGCCUAGUAAUAUCGAUACAGUGACAACGGCAACAGGUGUUGUACGUCGGGUUGCCUGGAGCAUUCGCACAGCUCUAUAAUAUCAACUUUUUCGUAAAUUAACAUAAUUUUCCAACGUUAAUUUGAAUAGAAGUAUUGUCGUUGAUGUUGUAAUGCAUUAAUUGUAAGAUUGAACUACUGUGCGAAAAAUGAAUCUAUGAUGUGAAUUAUAAUUUAACGACGUUGAUUCGACAAUAAACAAUCAACUUUAUGCACAAA